AUGCCAGACUUUGUUUCACUGCAGGGUACAUCAUUUUACAAAACAAUGCUGUCUGCACGGCUUUUCAAUAAGGCGGCAAAUAAUGCUAUACCACCAUGUCUGCCAGCACCUGCAACUCCACCACUAAAAGUGCGGCAAUCUGGAGCAGCAAGGAUGAAGAAAUGUCGUAUUAAGCGAAAUCGUCAUCCAGUGGCCUAUCAGUUGUAUCUGGAGAAAGAACGUGAAAGAUCAUGCACCCGGAGACAAGAACCCAAAUCUGAUGAACAAAAGGAACAUGAACGAGAAAUAAGCAGAAUAAGGUCACAAAAGUACAGAAACAAAUGUAAAGCCGAGGGAAAGAAAAUAAGCCAACGACGUAGAAAAGUUGUAUUGAAGACGAGGAAACAAACUGAGGAAAAAAGAAAGUAUAACAGAGACAAAAAAAGGGAAUCUAGAUCAAAGAUGCACUCACAAAAAGUAAGGAGAGUUCAAGAAUACGAUCGGAACAGGAAGAAGCCUGACAGUGAUGAUGAAAAUGUUGAUGAAAAUGUUGAUCCAAGUGUAGAAGAUGAAGAAAAUAAUGGCUGUGAUGUUAUGUCCCCUCAGGCCAAAAGACAAGCUGCCUCACGAAUCCGGGACGCAUGCCCUAAUUCACGAAAGAAGUUUGCCACUGCACUGGCACAUGUUGUGUCUACUUUAUCUCCAAGGAAAAGAAAGGCACUUGGUGAGGCUGGUCUAUCGCUUCAAUCGGCCAAAAAACAAAAGGUCCUUGAGGAAACAUUUGAUACUGUCAAAGGGGAACUGUCAAAGUCAAAGCGCAAGGAGAAGAAAAGUAUUCUUAAUACAUUGGCACCAGGAUAUUCGGACAUAAAUGUAGGUGCCAAAGAACUGGGUGUCAGUACAGCAUUCCUUGAAAAAUGUUCCCGUCUGCCUGCAGAGGAAGAGGCUAAACGAUCAGAUGCGCUGAAACCUGAUGUCAUUGAUCUGGUAGAAGACUUCUAUCAGCAACCGGAGGUGUCUGUUGUACUACCUGAUAGAAAACUGGUGAAGAAAAAUAAGUGCAGACGUGUUCUCCAGAAGACAAUACGAAAUACUUACGAGGACUUUAAAGCUGAACAUCCAGAUGUCAAAGUUGGUCGAUCUAAGUUUGCAAGCUUGAAGCCAACACAUGUAAAACCCAGUCAAGAUACUCCAGUCAAUCAAUGCAUCUGCGAAUAUUGUGCGAAUUUUGAAUUGAAGAUCAAGGCAUUGCUCUUGGUUUGUGACAAAACCAAGAGCACGGAGGUGAAAUCAAAAAUCACGGAUAGAUUUAAGGCGGUGUCAGAAACACUUUGUCCUAAGUUGGCAGGUGCAAAAUACCAUCAGCGUGAGUGCGUGGGGAGGAAAUGCAACAACUGUGGUGUGGAUAUCAUGAAGAAGAAUUUGGAACCCCUACAGAGUGAUGACGAUGUCAUGUGGUACAAAUGGGGAUUGAUUGAAGACAAGAACAAGGCCUGCAAGAGUUACAAGGGCAUCAUCUCCCUGAAAGGAUCUGUGUCUACCCUGGUCGAUGAAUUUUGCUCUGAGCUCGAGACACUGGCCUCACACUUAUUUGUAGCUGCAUGGCAAUACAACGAAUUCAAGAACAUCGUGAACAACAUACCUGAAGAUGAGGGGACAGCAGUCAUGGUUCUCGACUUCGGUCAGAAUUACGCGUGCACCAAUCAGGAUGAAGCACAGUCGGCGCAUUGGCAUCAUGAGCAGGCUACGAUACACCCUAUAGUAACCUAUUACAAGUGCCCUAUCCACAAUGAAACGGUAAAGGAGGAACUUGUUUUUCUGUCUUCCGACAAGAUCCACGAUGCCCAUGCUGUCAAAGCAUUCCUGGUUGAAGCUAAUCGUCAUCUUCGAGAGAAGCGCCACCUCAACCUAAAGCAUGAAGUGCAAUUUACGGAUGGCUGCUCAUCGCAGUACAAAAGUCGAUUGCCCUUUCGACACAUUUCGGAAGCAGUUGCUCUAUUUGGUGUACCUAUCACGCGAUGCUUCUUUGGCUCACGCCAUGGUAAGGGCCCAAGCGAUGGCGUAACUGGCGUUGUCAAGUCAUUCGUACGAUCAGCCGUUAUGGCUCGGCGAGCGAUAGUUCGGAACGCUUCGGAGAUGUACCAAUACUGUGUACAGGAGUUAACACGAGACGACGUCGAAGGUGCUUGCUGCCAUGCCAGACGAACGUUCUUCUUCGUUGAAGAUAUAGAGCGACCAAAUGAAAUAACGAAGACCAUACCUGGUACUAGAGGACUUCACUGUGUCCAGACUUCAUCUGAUGGAACAGUGAACACUCGUACCUUAGCGUGUUUCUGCACAGACUGUAGAACCGGGAAGAAGUGCCACAACGGGUACGUGGACAGUUGGACAAAUGUCUCAAUUGUUACUGGAAGACCAACUGGUAAUACUGUAACAGUCACAAUGGGAGAUCAGGUCACUGGGCAACAUCAAGUUUAUCCAGGUACGCCACACUUUUCUGGAAACAGAGAGGAUGACUUCAAAUGCGUCCAGAGUUUCCUCGCUAAGAGCAAGGGUUUCCAGGAAUUACAGGAAAGAUGCACACAUGUGUUACCAGUGGUUGAGAAGUAUGAAUUGCUCUGCCAACCAAAGGAAGUCAGUGUGGUUGGUACGAAGAGUACGAUUGAUAAAAUUGCAUUCUCUCUGAACUCAUGUGGUUCCCUCUUCCCAGUUUCAAUCAAUGCAGAUGGAAACUGUCUUCCCAGGUGUGGGAGUAUGUUCGCAUUCCAACAUCAGAAUUACUGGAAAGAAAUGAGAGUUCGUAUCGCUAUAGAAAUGGCAUUACAUUCCUCAUGUUACAUAUCGGAGGAAUACCUCAACAAAGGGCAUCACCCGAAUGAGAAUCAGAAAAAGCUGGCAUUCAUGCUCACUGUGUUUUCUGAAGCCAAGUUACCAGAGGGGCUGAGGAUUGACAGUACGCACGUUAUUGCAGAUGCCUUUGGUCAGGUUGCCAUGAAAACUCUCGCCAAUGGCAGCUACAUGGACAUGUGGGCCAUAUUUGCACUGGCUAGUGUAUUGCAGUGCCCAAUCCAGUCAAUAUACCCGGACGCAGGUGGCAAGGCAACACGUGACCUUCUGAAUCGCAUUGUUGAACCUCGAGCAUGUAGAGACCGUUCUGCCGGCGUGGCAACCAUAAUGUGGUCAUCAAUUCGUAUGUCUGAUGAAGAAGCACUGUGGACCCCGAACCACUUCGUGGCUUGUUUGCCAAUGAUAGAAGACACUCCUUUGAUUCUUGAUCACAUGACAGACGACUUGGUCCUGGAUGGUGUUUUGAUGUCAGAUCAAACAUGCUCCUGA